AUGCACCUGAAUAAUAAUGUGACUGAGUUCAUUCUGCUUGGAUUGACCCAGGAUCCUGUUAGAAAAAAAAUAGUGUUUGUCACUUUUUUGUUUUUCUAUUUGGGGACAUUGCUGGGUAACUUUCUGAUUAUUACUACUAUCAAGACCAGCCAGACACUAGGGAGUCCAAUGUACUUCUUCCUUUUCCACCUAUCCUUGUCUGACACCUGCUUCUGUACUUCCAUAGCCCCUAGAAUGAUUGUUGAUGCACUUUUGAAAAGGGCCACAAUCUCUUUCAGGGAGUGCAUGAUACAAGUCUUUUCAUUCCACUUCUUUGGCUGCCUGGAGAUCUUCAUCCUUAUCCUCAUGGCUGCUGACCGCUAUGUGGCCAUCUGUAAGCCCCUGCACUACACAACCAUCAUGAGUCGACAGGUCUGUGCUGUGCUGGUGGCUAUUGCCUGGGUGGGGUCCUGUGUGCAUUCUUUAGCUCAGAUUUUUCUGGCCCUGAGUUUACCUUUCUGUGGUCCCAAUGUGAUCGAUCACUAUCUUUGUGACUUGCAGCCCUUGUUGAAACUUGCCUGUGCAGAUACCUAUGUGAUCAAUCUACUGUUGGUAUCCAAUAGUGGGGCCAUUUGUACACUGAGUUUUGUCAUGCUGAUGUGUUCCUAUGUUGUCAUCUUGUAUUCUCUGAGAAAUCACAGUGCUGAAGGGAGGAGGAAAGCCCUCUCCACCUGCAUGUCCCACAUCAUUGUAGUCGUCUUGUUCUUUGGUCCUUGCAUAUUUCUAUACACACGCCCUGCAACCACCUUUCCCAUGGAUAAGAUGAUAGCUGUAUUUUAUACACUUGGAACACCUUUGAUCAAUCCUCUGAUUUACACACUUAGGAAUGCAGAAGUGAAAAAUGCCAUGAAGAAGUUAUGGAGGAAGAAGUUGAUUUCAGAUGACAAAAGAUGA